GGGAGCGACGCCGGUGCCUCCUUCAACCGCCGGUGGCGCCACCUCGCGGUGACACUCGCAGUGAAAGUGUUCCCCGGGGAAAACGCCAUGAGCCAUCCAGCCCGGGAGCACCCAACCUCCACCGCCUAGGAUCGCGACGGGACCUCCAUUGCUCAGCCAUCCGGCCCGAGGGACCAAAAAUCGGUCAUCCGGUUAGAGGAACUAACACUCAGCUAUUCGGUUCAAGGAACCAACAUUCAGCCAUCCAGCUCAAGGAACAAACACUCAGCUAUUCGGUUCAAGGAACCAACACUUAGCCAUUCUAUUCUCGGGGCCAACAUUAAGUCAUCCGGUUCGAGGGACCAAAGACUUCCUCGAAAAGCGUCAUCGAAUCGGGAUCGUUCAUUCGCCAUUAUAUCUAAGUGUCUCUAGAGGAGAGUGUCCUGGUUAAACAGAAGAAUCAAUCCAAUCGGCUGGUUGAUCAGACGAUAAUUUCCAUCCGGCUAGAUGCGAGCAAAAGUUAGGAAAAAGCAAGCUACGAACACUCAUUUACAGCUGUGUCGUGCGGUUUAGUUAAUCGAAUCACUUGAAUGUUACCAAAUAACUAGGCGGAGAUACUGCCGACUUAAAUUUUAGAAUUAAAACGAUUUUAGAGAUAAAUUCCGCGAGUCUGUGAUACAAAACGACGUGGAUAGGUUCCAUCGUCGCACAGCUUUUAAGUCACCGAGUACCUGAUUACGUUGCGUUAGUUUGCGUGACGGUAGUUUACGUUAGUUUUAAGUUCGGACGAUAACGUAUGCGCGCGGAAAGAAGCACGAGGGCAGAAGAGAGGUAAAGCAGCACUUGGUCUAACAAAAUAAAUAAUGUUAAAUACGAGCAGAGCCUUGUUUACGAUCAGGGAAUCAAAAGAAAAUGAUAUUUGCUUUGAUCGCAUUGAGCUCAGCGGUAAAGGCCGGCGUGACUUUGGUUGGCGCGAGCGUGUGGUUGGUGCCGUUGCUGAUAGCAGCCAUCGCUUACUAUAGAUACGACAUGUUUGACCCGGAGAGCAGGAUCAAAAAUCAGGUGCAGCUAAACCGGGAGUACGACUUCAUCGUGAUCGGGGGCGGCUCUGCGGGGGCGGUGGUGGCGAGCCGCUUGUCCGAAGUCCCCCAUUGGACCGUUCUCCUCCUGGAAGCUGGACCUGACGAAACAGAGAUCUCAGAUGUACCCUCUCUCGCCGCCUACCUCCAACUCUCCAAACUCGACUGGGGAUACAAGACCGAACCUACAGGUCGAGGCUGCUUAGGCAUGAAGUCCGGUCGAUGCAACUGGCCCCGAGGGAAGGUGCUCGGGGGCUCCAGUGUGCUCAACUACAUGCUCUACGUCAGAGGCAAUCGCCAGGACUACGACAACUGGGAAGCUCUAGGGAACCCGGGCUGGAGCUACAAGGACGUGAUACACUACUUCCUGAAGAGCGAGGACAACCGGAACCCGUACCUGACGCGGACGCCUUACCACCGCUCCGGCGGGUACCUGACGAUCCAGGAGGCGCCCUGGAGGACCCCGCUCGUCGUCGCCUUCGUCGCGGCCGGCGAGGAGAUCGGCUACAAGAACAGGGACAUCAACGGCGCCGAGCAGGCUGGGUUCAUGGUUGCUCAGGGGACGAUUCGGCGGGGAAGUCGAUGCAGCACGGCGAAGGCUUUCUUGCGCCCGGCGCGGCACCGACGCAACCUGCACGUCGCCAUGGGUGCCCACGUCACGCGGAUCCUCAUCCACCCGCACACCAAGCGCGCUUACGGGGUCCAGUUCGUCAGGGACGGCAUCCACCAGGCCGCCCUUGCCCGACGAGAGGUGGUUUUAUCUGCCGGUGCCAUAAACAGUCCGCAGAUCCUGAUGCUGUCCGGAAUCGGUCCUAGCGAACACCUGCACAAGCACGGGAUCCCUGUCGUGGCGGACCUCCGGGUCGGGGACAACCUCCAGGACCACGUGGGGCUCGCCGGGGGCCUCACCUUCACCGUCGACAAACCCGUGUCCAUAGUACAAAAUAGACUCCAGGCGGUCCCGGUGACGAUGAGCUACGUGGUGAAGGAGCGGGGUCCGAUGACGACACUGGGGGGCGUCGAGGGGCUGGGGUUCGUCAACACCAAGUUCGCCAACGAGUCGGGGUUGUACCCGGACAUCCAGUUCCACAUGGCCCCCGCCUCCAUCAACAGUGACCAGGGCUCCCAGGUCCGCAAGAUCCUCGGCAUCACCGACCGCGUCUACGAUCUAGUCUACAAACCUAUAGGCAGUAAGGACUCCUGGACUAUCAUACCCUUGCUCCUCAGGCCCAAAUCCUCAGGUUGGGUGCGAUUAAGGUCUUCAAACCCUUUUGAGUACCCGUAUAUUGAUGCGAAUUACUUUGCGCAUCCUCAAGACAUUGCCACACUAGUGGAGGGAGUCAAAAUAGCUUUGCAGGUGAACGCGGCGUCGCCCCUGCGGCAGUUCAACUCCCGGCUCCACCGGAUCCCGAUCCCUGGGUGCCAUCGUCUAGCCUUCGGCUCGGACGCCUACUGGGAGUGCGCCAUCCGGCACCUGACGAUGACCAUCUACCACCCGGUGGGCACCUGCAAGAUGGGUCCCUCCUCGGACCCGACGGCCGUCGUCGACCCGCGGCUCCGCGUCUACGGGGUGAGCCACCUCCGCGUCAUCGACGCCUCCAUCAUGCCCAACAUCGUCUCCGGCAACACCAACGCGCCCACCAUCAUGAUCGGCGAGAAGGGCGCCGACCUCAUCAAGGAGGACUGGUUCAGUGGCGCCUUCGCUCCCACUGUCUUCCAGAUGGUCCCCGCGGGCAAACUGUUUCUGGAGGUGGCCUUCGGGAUCCUGACACUAUGCUCCUUCGAGAACGGGUUCUCGAUGGGCCAGUACGGGCCGAACGAGUCGCAAGAACAGCUGCGGCUGUUCGAGGGUCUCGGGGCCGUGUUUUUGGACGGCGAGAGGUUCUACCGCUCCGAGCCCCCAGAGACGAGGAGGAUUUUAUCCGCCUACGAUUUCAUCAUCAUCGGGGCUGGAUCCGCAGGUUGCGUCAUGGCUAGCCGACUUUCCGAGAUACCCGAUUGGAAGGUCCUGUUGAUCGAGGCUGGACGAAACGAGAACUACUUGUUCGACAUUCCGCUGGCGACAUCGUUUCUCCAGUUGACAGACGCCAUCAACUGGAAUUACACGCCGGAGCCGCAGGCCAACGGGUGCUUGGGUAUGAAGGGUGGCAGAUGCGCCUGGCCCCGAGGGAAAGUAAUGGGCGGUAGCAGCGUGCUGCACUCGAUGAUCCACACCCGGGGCGACCGGCGGGACUACGACGCCUGGGCCAACGCUGGGAACCCAGGCUGGACCUACCAGGAGCUCCUGCCCUACUUCAAGAAGUCCGAGGACAUGCAGAUCCCGGAGCUCCAGCGCGACACCAAGUACCACUCCGUCGGCGGCUACUUCACCAUCACCUACCCCGUCUACCACACAAAACUCGCCGAGGCCUUCGUCCGCGGCGGCAAGCAGGCUGGCUUCAACAUCUCAGACUACAAUGCAGAGAGCAUCUCUGGGUUCUCCUACAUCCAGGCUACCAUCAGAAACGGUACACGACUGAGCGCCUCUCGGGCCUUCCUGCACCCGGUGCGGAACCGGCCGAACCUGCACGUGCUGAAGAACACGCUGGUGACAAAGAUCAUCAUCGACGAGGAGACGAAGAAGGUGCGCGGCGUGGAGUUCGUGCGCAAUUCGCAGCGCUUCCGCGUCAAAGCCACCCGCGAGGUCAUCCUCUCGGCCGGCGCCGUCAACUCCCCGCAGCUCCUCAUGCUCUCCGGGGUAGGGCCCCAGGACCACCUCAAGGAGCUCGGCAUCCCCCUGCUCAAGGACCUCCCGGUCGGGUACAACCUUCAGGACCACAUUGCUCUUGGUGGCUUGACUUUCCUGGUGAACAGUACCGUCUCGAUCAAGAUGGAGAGGAUACUGCGAAGCGCCAAGGCACUGAAUGACUAUGCCUUAUACAAACGCGGACCAUUGGCCGUUCCCAGUGGAUCCGAAGCCAUUGCCUUCAUAGACACCAAAAGACCUUUUGACCCCGACGGCUACCCUGACAUUGAGUUCCUCUUCAUCGGAGGAAGCUACCCCUCAAACCCCCUUCACAGGUACAUAUUCCGGAUCGAAGACACGCUGUACAACAAGGUGUUCCUGCCGAUCCAGAACCAGGACGCGUUCAUGGUGUUCCCGAUGCUGAUGCGGCCCAAGAGCACCGGGCGGGUCAUGCUCCGCUCGGCGAACCCGAUGGCCAAGCCGCUGCUCUUCGCCAACUACCUCACCGUCCAGGAGGACGUGGACACCCUCGUGCGCGGCGUCCGGUGGAUGCAGAGGGUCGCCGAGACCCCGGCCAUGCAGAAGUACGGAGCCAAGAUCCACUCCAUCCCCAUCCCCCAGUGCGAGCACUUCGGCUUCGACACCGACAACUAUUGGGGAUGUCAGGCGAAGCACUUGACACAGACGAUCUACCACUUGUCGGGGACGUGUAAGAUGGGCCCCGAGUCGGACCCCCGCUCCGUCGUGGACGCCCGACUCAAGGUGCACGGAAUCAAGGGGCUGCGCGUCAUCGACGCCUCCAUCAUGCCUGACGUCGUCACGGGACACACCAACACGCCCACCAUCAUGAUCGCCGAGAAGGCCUCCGAUCUCAUCAAACAGGACUGGAUGAGGCUCCAGUGACCCCACCACUACAGCCGAUAAAAGAUGCUGCUGACUGAAGAAAUCAACAUGAGAUCCGAUUGCGAAAAUCCGAACAGCAAAAAAUGCGUACAGGUGGGCGGCCCUUGGCGAUGGAAGGGAUAAUUAAAUCAAAAUUACUAGUCGAAGCGCACAAGAACAAUCAGGACUCUAGUCGUCAUUCAUUUGAAGAGAGCGGGACAAUUUUUGCAUUUUGCGAAAUUACUCUUCAUGUCAUCAAAUAUAUAGAACAUUGAAAUGAAGAGCCUCCAUGAACAGUCGCCACGCUAUUAAUAUUUUCGGGUGAAAUUUUUAACACGAACAUAAGGCAAGAACAAUUUUCGCAAAAUCCUAAAAAAUCCCAGAACUGAGAUGGCGUUUAGUUUUUGAUUAUAUGGGAACAGGUGACUGUAAUCAUGCUCACAAUUGGACGGAUUUCUACCAAACGGAGCUAUGUGCAUUAAGACAUGAUCCCUAAGACCCAUAAGAAUACAUGCAUAACGGGGCUCACGUCAUAAUGCAAAUAGUUCCGUUUGACAGAAAUACGUCCAAUUAUUUCAUCGAUAACGACACGCAACAAAAAUGAUCAUAAAGGCAAAGAAGAGUUCCUUACCUCCCAAGACCCGAAACCCAUUGCUGUUGGUCUAUUUUCCACUUGAUCUAAAGACAGAGGCAAUAGACUAGUCAGUUAAAUAAAAUAUUUCAGAGUUCCUUCGAGCGCGAAAUAUUUUUCAGGAGGAAAGCACACACAUUUAUUAUUGUGGUAGUAAUUUUGAUCAGUUUUUUGACUACACCUUUAGGAAUCUUUAAUGAAAUUGAAAAAUAUUCCUGACAUGCGACAAGUUCUCCGGUUUUCUUCUUGGAAACAGUGGCGUAGCGUUUUUUGCGAUACAUCGAUUGAUCUACCAUUUAAACACAUGAUAAAAGAUCGAUAAACUGGGUGUUCGCAAUGAGCACCUCAAUAAUCGAUUCUUUACCACAGCUUCAAAUGGGGAAAAAUCGAUGAUCGAUCCUGUACGACUCGCCACUGCUCGGAAAUGUUUUGCGUGAGAAGUAACACUGUAACUAUGAUAAGAUUCUCUUUCCUGACGUGGCAGAACAAUUUGGAGUAAAUAUCACCUUAAUAUUUGGGGCAAAAAUCACCCCGCAUUUGAACACUCAUGCCACAAUCCCAAUCAUGUUGAGAUGGGGUCCAAACAUCCUCCCUGAAAACUCCUACGAAUUUAUCGACGUUAAAUGCGUCAAUUUUGGUCGCUGAAGUCAAUUAUUUAGUCAUUAGUCAUUAUAUAGUACUCUGUUAUGUGCCGAUAGUUGUACGAACCCUGAAUUCAGGCGCUUGACCCCAGAAAGGCACCUUAAGCACGCAUCAACAUAAGAAAUGUACAGUUGGUUUUUUAGAUCCUCAAGAGGCCUGUGAAAAAGGUCUGGGUUUGCCCUACCCCUUGGAUUGAUUUUUACUGAUUGGUUGCAUCUUUUCUGCAGUGGCGAGCUUUGCGAUAUAUCGAUUGAUCUGCCAUUUAAACCAAUGGAAAAGGAUCGAUCAACAAGGUCUUCGCGACGAACUCCUUAAUAAUCGAUUCUUUACUAUAGCUUCAAAUGGGGAGAUAUCGAUAGUCUAUCAUUCAGGCCUCGCCACUGCUUUUCUGCAAACGAUUGUGAUGGGUAGUAACAGUGCCUUAAACCUUAUUUACCGGCUGAAUGAGGGGUCACUGUAGAAAAAAACCAAAGUCAAAUAGAUUGUAAUCUAGUCAUUUAAUUGUAAACUGUAGUGAAGAAUUUGUUUUUGUACACGUUUGUUCGGAUCUUAUUACAAUAAAUAAUACUUGAGGGCAAUUCCUAUGAAAUUUGUUUCAAAAUUUGGGCAACCAUUUUUGAGUUUCGACUAGCGUCACCUACGAGUGCGCUUUAAACGCGUGAUGUCUUUGAUGGAAUUGCAUUGAGUUUGUGAAUAGCAAAAAUCGGUGGCAUUCAUCAAGUAUUGAUCCACAAAAAAAUUGACGAAAAAAUCCUCAAAUUUAAAAAGUUCACGGUAAAUUAAUACACAUUUUUGAAACUAAGUGAGUUUUCGAUUGAUCGAGUCCAAUUAUCACGACAUCUGGAGAGGUGUCUCAACUAAAAACAAAAUGAUUCAGAAUUCAACGAGUAGAAGUUUUCUAGAAAGCUGAAAAUGUUUCUUCAUUUUUAUAAAAUUCACUUCUAAUUAUGUUUUUCUCAGUCAAAAAACUACGACUUUCGAACAAACAAUAUAAAAUGAUGGACUAAUUAUACAAAACAUUUUACUGCUUUCUAAUCGAAAAUCCAAAAGUUUUGAUUCAAAAGAACUAAGAGACUUGUUUGCUCUAGGUUAAACCCUCACCAGACCUCAUGGAUCCUCGAAUUCCCCGAAGUAGGAAAGAUAAGAAUAUCUCGUUGUAGCUCUUAAGUAUUAUGUAAAAUGUAAAUAAAUAAAAAAAUUAAAAACUGUGAAA